AUGGCUCCAAACUAUAACUAUAUCAGCGAAAUAGCAAUGUCCAAAAUGAGUUGGAAUUUGAAAGUUCGUGUUGUUAGAUUGUGGCACAUUCCAGACCGCGAGAAACCAAAAAAUUCUAAUUCAAUCGUAUUAAUUAUUCAAGAUGAAAAGGGUGAUCGAAUUCACGCAACUAUUGGAAGAGCUGUUAUGCGAAGUGGGCGUGAAGUUAAUCUUGAGAGGUUUAGUCAAACAACUUCUCAACGUAGUUAUUCUGUUUCUGAAGAACUGGCUGCUGGGAAAGUGGAAGAAGGGAAAAUAUGGAUUGUUGCUACUGUAGUGAAUUUAGAACUUGAAAGGAGAUGGUCAUAUGUAGUGUGCAAAAAAUGUUUGAAGAAAGUUGAUAAAAUUGGAAAUAAGUUUUACUGCAAGAAAUGUGAACGUGUAGAUCAUUUUGCUCUAAAAAGAUAUAGGCUUCAGGUUCGAGUAAUUGAUGUCACUGGCUCAAUUUCUUUGUUGCUUUGGGAUCGUGAGGCGACAAAACUCACUGGAAAAUCUGCUGAUACCUUGAAAGAAGGUGUAGUAGAGACAUCUAGUGCUGCUUAUGAGUGUUCUCAUCCAUUGGAGAUUGAUGCUAUUCUGGAUAGAAAAUUUAUGUUUAAACUGACAGUGAAACCUUCCAACAUUGAGGAGAAUGAUGAAGUUUAUAUCGUCGUUAAGGUCAGCGACGAUGAGGACCUUAUACAAAAAUAUAGUCCGUCUUCAGAAGCAGAAGCAUAUGCCUUUACUGAUUCUGUGGCUGAUAAUGAGAUGAUCUCUCCUGCACUGACCCCUUCCAAGAGAACUAGAGACAAUGCUGGACCAACCACUGUAGAAGUUGAUGAUGAUGCGGGACAAUUAUCAAGCAACAGGGUGAAGAGAGUGAUUAAAAAGGAGAAAAAUCCAUGA